UGUAAAGAUAGCUGUCAUUGACGUAGUGCAGCUUAGCUCUGCCUCAAAUCCUGCCGAAACUAGAGAUGGCUUCUCCAGUCUCAGGCAGGGGAUUGAGUUAUUAACAGCCAGAUCCGUUUGUUCUGGUAUGCAUGUAUGUAUGUAUGUUCUAGAUUGUCGUCUAGCAGGUUUUAAUUAUUUUUAGAAGUUCUGUUUCCUCUGGAUGUUAUGUUUCCUUAUACGCAUACGGAGAUCUGAGAUGUAUGCCCUGUGACUUAAGAUGAUGUUGCAAAGGGAGCUUGAUAGCGAGCAGCAGAGACGCUUGUGUAGACUACCUUACAUGGUGUAGCGUUACAUCUGAGGGCUUGUCAGAUUUCACGAUAAACUGACCUGAUACUGUCAACAAGGCACGAGUUCCUGUUAAGCUACUCCGUGCCAAUCGCAGGAAGGCCCCAUUCAGUCAGAGAGAGCCUGGAAUGUUGAGAUGGAGCAGGACAAUCCAGGGAGCGCGAACUCCGAGGACGUGCGGACCAACGAGGCUUCCCCUGUGACCUGCCCAGCAGACACCGACCCUCUCCCUGUGACCUGCCCAGCAGACACCGACCCUCCCCCUGUGACCUGCCCAGCAGACACCGACCCCCUCCCCUCUGGACCUCAGUCUAGCAGCGGUUGCGAAGAACAGGGCGACGUUCCCUUGUUAGAAAACCACAUCCAGUCAGAGGAGACUCAGUCACGCCCAGAGGAUGAGCUGGAGGCUGGUUGCCCUGAUGUUUCCACAGUAACAGACUGCUCAACCCAGAGGGAGGAUGAGAUCCUGGAGCAGGACUCUGCUCCUGAUGACGUGAGCGGGGAGACUGGUCAGUCAGCUCCUGAUGUCGUGAGCGGGGAGACUGGUCAGCCAGCCAACCCUGACGGCGAGGGCCACACACACCCUGACGGCGAGGGCCACACACACUUGCUCCCUGAGAGGAACUCUGACUCGGCGUCCGCUGAGGACGGCCGCGAUGACUCGGAGGAGUUUGUGGCGGCCAUGUUGGCGCGCAGCAAGUUGGAGGAGCAGGGGUUGGGCACCAAGGGCAGCUCGCCUCCCCUGGCCGAGACGGGGGGGCCCCCGCCGCCGGGGGCGCACCGGGACGAGGACGUGACGGGGGACGCGUGGCGCGCGCACAGGAAGCACGUGUUUGUCCUGAGCGAGGCCGGCAAACCCAUAUACUCCCGCUACGGCAGCGAGGAGGCGCUGUCCUCCACCAUGGGCGUCAUGAUGGCCCUCGUCUCCUUCGUCCAGAGCGGAGACAACAACAUCCGCUCCGUCUACUCAGACCAGCACACAGUGGUGUUCAUGACGCAGGGUCCGCUGGUCCUGGUGUCGGUGUCCAGCAGCGGGCAGUCGGAGCAGCAGCUGCGCGUGGAGCUCCGCUACGUCCACAACCAGAUCGUGAGCAUGCUGACGGAGGCCAGCAUCGCCCGCAUCUUCCAGACCAAGAAGAACUACGAUCUGCGGCGGCUGCUGGCCGGCUCGGAGAAGAUCCUGGACGGGCUGCUGGACCUGCUGGACAGCGACCCCAGCUUCCUGCUGUCGGCCGUGCACUGCGUGCCGCUGGCCUCGUCGCUGCGCGACUCCCUGAGCCAGAUCCUGCAGAAGGCCAUCACGCCCAACCUGGUGUUCUCCAUCCUCAUCGCGCGGCAGCAGCUCAUCACCAUCGUGCAGGAGAAGACGGUGAUCGAGGACGCGCGCCUGGAGCCCUCCGACCUCCACCUGCUCUUCAACCUCAUCGGCGCCUCCUCCGCCUUCCAGGCCGGGGAGAUCUGGACGCCCAUCUGUCUGCCCUGCUUCAACCCCGACUGCUACUUCUACGCCUACAUCUCGUACCUGGACCCGCCGGAGUGCACCGUCUGCCUGCUGCUGCUCUCCACGGACAAGGAGGCCUUCUACGCCGUGGCCGAGUGCAAGCGCAAGAUCGAGGAGGCGAUGAUGGCCCAGAAUGCACUGGCAGCCAUCGCCAAGGCGCACUCGUACAGCGUGAGCCAGGUGGGCGUGUCUGACCUCAGGCACUUCAUGUACAAGCCCUUCGACGUGCCCGACAACCACCGCCAGCUCACUCAGUUCACAAGCCCAGAGAUGGAGUCUCCGUACAGCAGCGAGGAGGAGCGCACGCGUCUGCUGGAUCUGUACCGCGACCUGCACAGCCGAAUCCACAGCUCCUCACGGCCCCUCAAACUCAUCUACCACGUAGCAGAGAGAGAGACACUACUGGCCUGGGUGACGAGUAAGUUUGAGCUGUACACCUGCUUCAGCCCUCUGGUGACGAAGGCGUCGGCCAUCAACGCCAUCACCAAGCUGCUGCGCUGGAUCAAGAAGGAAGAGGAGCGGCUCUUCAUCCGCUACCCGCCCAAGUACUCCACCACGCCCAACCCCAGCCGCAGCUCCCGCAAGGCCGCCGAGCAGCACGACUCCACCGACAACGGCUUCCUCUCGCUGCUCUAGCGCCCCCCCAGUGGCAGCACUCGCACGCCUCACCCAGGCCGACCCAGCCGGAGCCGGACUGAACCGGGUCACCUGCAGGUGGCUGAGAAUCAUCAUGUCUUCCUCUGUGGUCGGACCACCGGGUCUCACUCACGCCUGGGUCAGGACUCUCAGGAGUUUGUCAGGGACGUCUAGCUAUCUCUCCUCUUCUCUCUCUCUCUCUCUCUCUCUCUCUCUGUCUCUCUCUCUCUCUCUGUCUGUCUGUCUCUUUUCAUCUUUGUCUCUCUCACUUUACGUCUCAGUUCGUGGGUGCUGGAGUUUUUCCAGCAUAUUCUCAUUUCAAAUCGUUUUAGAUUGAGAGAAGGAACAUUUUUAUAACUCUUGAGAGUGCUGUCUGGAGCAGAGAGAGAAGCUUCUGCGUUUUUAAAGCUGAUUUUAUUCCUCCUGUGCGCAGGAGCUGUGUGUGUGUGUGUGUGUGUGUGUGUAAGUAAGAUAAUGGAGCAGUCGGGUUCCGGUUUGUAAAAUACGAUGAUUUUGGGGAUUAUUCAGCGUUAGGUCUGAUGAUUCUGCCAAAACCCCCUCCCUCCUUUGGAAGUUCCUGUUGGAGUGGUGAGGGUGGGGUGGCGGCUGUUGGCAACAUUAGAACAUUUAGUGGCACUGCCUGGAGUCAACGACUACCUUAACCAUGGACUUAGUGACCUCAGAGGACAGCUGUGAUUCAUCUUAUUGACUUGCUCUGGAUAGACUACACACAUAAUGAUCUCUGGAUAGAACACACACACACACACACACACACUCACACACUAUGAUCUGCAUGUUAUGUCUUAGUGCAUCUGUCUGCCACCAGCACUAAGCUGGUAGAGAUCUAUUCAUCACGUGUGAGUGUGUGUGUGUGUGAGAUGGAUGGACAGACGUGUGUGUGUGUGUGUGUGUGAGCGUGUAUGAGCGAGAGAGAGCCUCCUGCUCGAGGAACGGGCUCCAAACCUCAGGUUGCUCUGAUGUUUUCCUACCCAAGCCUGUGACAAUGCGCAUAAACGACAGAAAACAGAGUCCGAUAGAUAAGGUUGAUCUCCCAUCCCAUCUCCAGUAGAUAAGGUGGAUCUCUCAUCUCCAGUAGAUAAGGUGGAUCUCUCAUCUCACAUAGAUAAGGUGGAUCUCUCCUCUCAUCUCCAGUAUAUAAGGUGGAUCUCUCCUCUCAUCUCCAGUAUAUAAGGUGGAUCUCUUAUCUCCUCCCUAAUCAAUGCAUAUCACCUGGUGGGUUUGGGUUCACUUUCUGCAUCAACCACUUCCUGACUACGGCUAAGAGAAGCCUCCUCACCACAGCCUGAGGGGGAGGGACUCCUGGUCCCAAGGCAGCACCACUGGUAAAGGGACUCUACUCUUUGGUGUGUGUGUGUGUGUGUGUGUGUGUGUGUGUGUGCGCGUGUGUGAGAGAGAUGGACAGACAGACAGACAGACCGAGGAUGAGAUGGUUUCUGCACAGAUGUUGGCCAGUCACCUGAAGGGGUCUGAUGCUCCUACUGACCGACAGCCCUUCUGAGUGCAGAGGGAGGGGGGGGGUAUCUGCUCCUACUGAUCUCAUCCAGCACUCACUUUCUUAUGAGGUUUGUCUGAUACACAAGGAACUCUGUCUGUCUUUUCUAAUGUAGAGGUUCUAAUGUAUGGAUGUCUAAUGUACGGAUGUGUGCUACUGUAAUAAACUCUUCCAGGAUGCCCAGA